AUGAAGUCUGUCGCUGCUCUCGCCCUUACCGCCUCCAUGGCCAACAUGGUUGCCGGCCACGCCAUCUUCCAGCAACUCUGGGUCAACGGUGUUGACCAGGAGUCCAGCUGCGUCCGCAUGCCCGCUUCCAACUCUCCCGUCCAGGACCCCACGUCCAACGACAUGCGCUGCAACGCCAACUCCGCUGCCGCCACCACCACCUGCGGCGUCAAGGCCGGCGACACCAUCACCGUCGAGAUGCACCAGCACAACACCCGUGCCUGCACUGAGGAGGCUAUUGGAGGUGCCCACCACGGCCCCGUCAUGGUCUACCUGAGCUCCGUCGCCGACGCCGCCACCGCCGAUGGCUCCAGCUCUUUCUUCAAGAUCUUCGAGUCUGGCUACUUCGCCAACAACAACACCUGGGGUAACGACCUGAUCAACGAGGGCUGCGGCAAACAGAACGUUGUCAUUCCCUCUGACAUCGCCCCUGGUGACUACCUUCUCCGUGCCGAAACCGUUGCUCUCCACGCUGCUGGCUCCGCCAACGGUGCCCAGUACUACAUGAGCUGCUACCAACUCAAGGUAGAAGGAUCUGGAACGGCCAAGCCUGAGGGUGUUGUCUUCCCCGGUGCCUACAAGGCCACCGACCCUGGUCUGUUGAUCAACAUCUACAACACCAUCUCCAACUACGUCAUCCCCGGCCCUGCUGUCUACGAGGGUGGUGGCUCUUCCGGCUCUGCCCCCGCUUCCUCCGCUCCCGCUGCCUCCGCCCCGGCCGCUGCCGCUUCUUCUUCGGCUCCCGCUGCUGCCGCCCCCACUACCCUCGUCACUAGCGCCGCUGCCGCCUCGGCCACUCCCACCGCUGCUGCCCCCGCUACCACCUCUUCCGCCGCCGCUGCCUCUACCUCCGCUGCUGCUGCCCCUGCUCCCAGCAGCCCCUCUGGCUGCAAGCGCCGCCGUGCUCGCAAGGCCCGCCGCUCUGCCAAGUACUAG